AGAUUUGAGUCAGCUCACUUGGUUUAAAACCUAUGGCAAUGGGCUAGGCGGUUCAUGAGUCAUUGACAUUGUAAUGCAGGGACAACUCAUUCUAGCAGUGAUUAAAACAAGUUGUUAUUUUUGGUUUGUGUUUAAUUAGUGUCCUUGAGACUACUUUAGGCACCUUGUGUAACUGAAUGUAAAGCAACAUGGGUAUGUGUAGUCGGCAAUAGGUUCCAAUAAAGUAUAUAAAUAAAUGGCCGAGGCAAAUUAAUGAAUUAAUUUAGGUUUACAACCCUUAUAUGGAACAAAAUAACACCAAUUAUUUGUGACCCCAUGGGGACUGUUUCACCCUCAAGGUUGAGCUCUCACAGCUGACUUGAGUGAAACUUCACAAUAAAAGUUUCUUUAUAUCAUUCAGCGUGUUGAUCAGAACUUUACCCCCUUAACCAAACUGCAAUGUUGGGGGUAAGGCGAGGAAGUGAAUAUCAAUAGCCCAGAAACGAAGAAGAGUGCCUGUUUAAUGUUUAGUGUACAACCCUAUCUUAGUCGUAGCAUCAGUAGUGUGUACUAGUUGUCAUAGUGUGUAUCUCUACCCAUCCACGUACCUGCACUGACCCCUCUGUCUGUCUGUCUGUCUGUUCUGUCUGUCUGUGUGUCCUGUCUGCCCACAUUAAUGUCUAUGUCUCUCCAUCUGUCUUACAUUUCCUCUCCCCCAUGUUCACUUCCCUUACCAUCCCUGAACCCUUGACCCCUGACCCCACCACCACCACCACCACCACCACCGUCACCACUGUGCCCUUCUGCAUCCUCCUGUCGUCUUCCAUUAGAUUGUCACCCAGGCCUACGAGGAGGUGCAGGCGUGCACAGUGGAGAUGGGCAUUAGCACUGAGAGCUCCAACCAUCCAGACAACCGCAGCAAGAACCGCUACAUCAACAUACUGGCCUACGACCACAGCCGAGUGAAGCUGUGCAGCGGUCAGGACCGAGACGGCCGGGCCGGGGAUUACAUCAACGCCAACUUUAUCGACGGCUACGAGCGGAGUCGGGCCUACAUCGCCACCCAGGGGCCGCUGAGAUCGGGCCGGGAGGACUUCUGGAGGAUGGUCCUGCAGCAGAACAUCGGCGUGGUCGUCAUGAUCACCAACCUCAAGGAGAAGGGCCGGACCAAGUGUGAGCAGUACUGGCCGGAGGAGAACCAGGAGGAGUACGGACCUUACCAGGUAACCCUGAGGAGCACCCAGACCCUGGCCUACUACACCGUCAGGACCCUGGGGGUCAGGGACACCGGUGCUAAGGUGUGUCAGAAGGGCGUGUCCGAGCACACGGUGGUCCAGUUCCACUACACCCAGUGGCCGGACAUGGGGGUCCCGGAGUACAACCUGCCCGUCCUCUCCUUCAUCAGGGCCUCCGCCGGGGCCCGCACCAAGGACAUGGGGCCCCUCCUGGUGCACUGCAGUGCUGGUGUGGGCCGGACCGGGGCCUACAUCGUGAUUGACAGCAUGCUGCAGCAGAUCCAGGACCAGGGGACGGUCAACGUGCUGGGCUUCCUGAAGCACGUCAGGACCCAGCGCAACUUCCUGGUGCAGACCCAGGAGCAGUAUGUGUUUAUCCACGAUGCUCUGGUCGAGGCCAUCCUGAGCAGAGAGACCCUGGUGACCUCUGACCUCCUGCACGCCUAUGUGUCGCGGCUUCUGAUCCCGGGGCCCGCGGGCCGCACGCGCAUGGACAAGCAGUUCAAGCUGAUCAGCCAGCGCCAGGCCCGACACGCAGACUACAGCACGGCCCUGAAGGACGAGAACGCAGACAAGAACAGAGCCAGGGCCCUGAUGCCUGUGGAGCGCUCCAGAGUGUGUCUGACGGCGUCCGAGUCCAACGCCACGGGCUACAUCAACGCCUCCUACGUCAUGGGCCGGUACCACAGUAAGGAGUUCAUCGUGGGCCAGGACCCUCUGAGCAGCACCGUGGCCGACUUCUGGACCAUGAUCUGGGAGCACAGCGCGCACACGGUGGUCUCCCUACCGGACCCCCACUCAGUGGUCUCUGUACCGGACCCCUACACCCAGGGGGAUGGGGAGGUAACCUGUGUCUAUUGGCCAAUUAAGGACCAGCCAAUGAGCUUUGAGGGCCUCAUUGUGUCGUUCUCGCGGGAGGAGCAUUUAUCUCUGACCAACGACGAAAAGAUUCUCGUCCAGGACUUUAUACUGGAGUCCUCACAGAGCGACGGCGUGCUGGAGGUGAGGCGCUACAGCGCCACCUGCUGGCCCAAUCCCGACGGACCAAUCAGGAGCAGCUUUGAGCUGGUGGCCGCCGUCCGGGAGCACAGCGCCAACACGGCCGGGCCCACCGUGGUGCACGACCCGCUGGGGGGCCCCACCUCGGGGCUGUUCUGCGCCCUGUCCUCGCUGUCCUCCCAGCUGGAGGAGGACGCCGCGGUGGACGUGUACACGGCCGCCCGCAUGACCAACCUGAGGAGGCCGGGGGUCUUCAACGACCUGGAGGGCUACCAGUUCCUGUACCGCUCCGUGCUGAGCCUGGUCAGCAGCCAGGAGGACCAGAAGACCCUUCGCUCCCCCGAGACCAACGGCUCCCUGCUGCUGGGGACCACCGCCAGCAUGGCCGAGAGCCUGGAGUCCCUGAUGUAGAGCCUGGAGUAGAGCCUGGAGUAGAGACUGGAGUCCCUGAUGUAGAGCCUGGAGUAGAGCCUGGAGUCCCUGAUGUAGAGCCUGAAGUCCCUGAUGUAGAGCCUGGAGUCCCUGAUGUAGAGCCUGGAGUCCACAAUGUAGAGUCUGGAGUAGAGCCUGGAGCUCCUGAUGUAGAGCCUGGAGUCCCUGAUGUAGAGCCUGGAGUAGAGCCUGGAGCUCCUGAUGUAGAGCCUGGAGUCCAUGAUGUAGAGCCUGGAGUAGAGCCUGAAGUCCCUGAUGUAGAGCCUGGAGUCCACGAUGUAGAGCCUGGAGUAGAGCCUGGAGCUCCUGAUGUAGAGCCUGGAGUCCUUGGUGUAGAGCCUGGAGUACCUGAUGCAGUUCCAGGCGGAGCUCCACUACUUAUAGAGGAGGAGCGCUGAUCAUCAAACAGGUUAAAGCUGCUGUAGGUAAGAGUGGACAGUUGGGAAGAGAGAGAGAACGGAAAAGAGCGGAAGAGUGAGGUUCUGAAAAUAGACGCCCUCCCGCUCUGCUCCCUCCCUCCCUAUAGAUUUACGCCAAUGAGGGAUGUUGUGUUUCACACACCUGUGAUUGACAGGCAAGAUGAACUCACCGCACCAAUCAAGGAAGAGAUGCCCUGAUUGGUCAGAAAUGAGGGGAAAUGGUCUAAAAUGUAGGUCUCGUUCAGAGGCCGACAAAGUCAACGAGUACCGAUAUUCUCACCCAGCCUUUCAGUCCCUAACAGCUGACGGUUGGCUAGGCCACUUUAAAAAAAUUAUUCUGAUAAUAUCACCUCUUAGGUCUUACCUACAGCACCUUUCAUAAGUACGCUCACACGCACAAUCGCGGUACCUACGCAUGCUAUGUCUGGGGACGAUGCAUGUUUACAUAUAACAGAUACAAUUAAACUAGGAAUUAUUUGAUUAAACUAAGCAUUAGUUGAAUAACGUAUUCAACUUGGCAGCACAGUGAGCAUCCUAAGGGCAAUGAGCUGCUGGCUAGCAUGGGGAGGCUAAACCACGCAGCUAAGUUACAUUAGCCUUUAGAUGAACCAUCGCUAUCGUUGGUGGGAAUUAUUAUUCAUAUUAUUAGUAUUGUUAUGCUUUUGACUGUUAUGUUUGAGCAGUUUAGCUGCUCGGCCUACGCAUAAUAAUAUCAAUAAUACCAAUACAUAAUAAUAAUAGUUAUAUUAAUAAUGAUGAUAAUACUAGAUAGGGGACUAAACAAAGAAUAGUUUUAGCUUGAGUUACAAUUAUUGAAAUAAGUGAACCAAAGA